GACACAGACCACACUGCUAUUCGCUGCCCUGCAAAUUUGUAUGAUAAGAGCUCCUUAUAUCCCAGAGCAACUGUGACUGUCUGCAGGACAUCGCUUUUGAAGAUGGACAACAUUUAUGAGAGUAUAGAGCUGAAAUCCACUGAUGUCUAUUCAACACUCUCCCAGCUUGGACCUGAUGCCCCACACAAAGGGAAAUCACAAGGGUCACAGGAGAGAUUUGUUAGGACAACGUCUUUGUACAAGAGAGCUGCACUGGCUUUUGCCUGCCUGUGGGUCAUCACUCUCAUCACCAUGCUGGGUGUCAUAAAAUACCAGAAGCACCAAGAUGGUCAUAAAAGUGCCCACAAAUGCAGAAGUGUAAGCUGUCCCUUGGAGGUGGUGUUCCCCUAUGAUAAAAACAUAACUGUCAAUCAGGUAUUUUCGGCACUGUCAAGAAAAAGGGGGAAUACCUUUAUGUCAGUGUGGAAGUGGAUUUGUGAAGCAUCAGCUGACGUGACUCUGGACCCCAAUACGGCUCAGGCAAACCUCAUCCUGUCCGGCAAUGGGAAACAAGUGAGACUGGGAGAGGAAAAACAGGACUUUCCCAACUACGCAGAGAGAUACGACCCGAUUAUCAACGUCUUGGGCAAGCAGGGCUUCACCUCAGGGAGACACUACUGGGAGGUGGAGGUAGGGGAGAAGACGGAGUGGUUUAUAGGAGUGGCCAAAGAAUCUGUGAGCAGGAAGGGCAGCGUCAUACUGAACCUCGAGAACGGUUACUGGACGGUGGAGCUGAGGAACGGAACGAAGCUCAGUGCCAACGCUGCCUCCUGGGACCCUCUGCCACUUGAUCUGAAGCCCCGGACAUUGGGGGUGUAUGUAGAUUACGAGGAAGGACAGGUCUCCUUUUACAACGUGGAGACCAGGAAUCACAUCUACACUUUCACCGACACCUUCACAGAGAAACUCUAUCCCUUUUUCUGUCCCGGCUUGAACGAAAGGGGGGAAAACUCCGAUCCACUGAUCAUCCCCCCACGUAAGAGACUUAAGGGUUGUUUCUGAGUGUUUUUGGAGUCAUUUGGGAAGUGCAGGAUAAUAAUAGUUAUAUAUAACAAUGUAUUUAUAAAGUGCCUUUCCAAACCAGGAAUGCUGUACUAAGUUAAUAAAAAAGCUACUUUUGCCCCUGAGCUCAAUAAUAAUUAACACAUUUUGGGUGCAACUAAUUAUGGAAGCCUGUUUCCACUAGGGAGUAAAAAAAACGUUGCUAUGGUAUCUCGCAAUUGCGACUUUGUAACUCAGAGUUGCGACUUAAAAUCUUAGAGUUACGACUUGAAAUCUCAGAAUUACAAUUUAAAAACUCAGAAUCGCGACUUUAUAGCUCAAAAUUGCGAUUUAAAAAUUCAGAAUAAUGACUUUAUAUCUUGCAACUGCAACUGUGAAAUAGCCCACAUUUCAUUGUCUGUCCUUUUGUUAUUGUGACGGAUUCGGGUUCUAGGGCUU